ACGUUGUACGUUUCCCUUCCAAUUAUCUCUGUCACCGUGGAUUCUCUCUCCACUUGUGUCAAAACUCAAGCGUGGGUUGUUGCACUUCACUCACACUCAAACUAGUUCCACGCUUUUUCUUUUUUCUUUCUCUUCUGUUCUGAUUCUCAAGAAACCAACAACAAAAAAACCGAUAUUUUCUCUUUUGAGGUUUUGAUCACUUUCAUUCUAGUCCAACACCGUCUUUUAAGGUUUUUGGGAAGUGGGUAGCUUGUGGGGUGGUGGUUUAAACUUUGAUCCGAGGAACUGGCAAGAUCUCUAGUCUCUUGGAAAUUGGGUUUGUGCAGAUGAAGUCCACUAUGGCUCAGAAUCAGAGUAACUGGGAAGCUGAUAAAAUGCUUGAUGUUUAUAUUUAUGAUUAUUUGAUGAAAAGAAAAUUACAUGCCGCUGCAAAAGCUUUUGUCGCAGAAGGAAAAGUUUCCACGGAUCCAGUAGCAAUUGAUGCGCCUGGAGGAUUUCUCUAUGAGUGGUGGUCUGUGUUUUGGGACAUAUUCAUCUCAAGGACAAAUGAGAAACAUUCUGAGGCUGCUGCAGCUUACAUUGAGACCCAGCAAACAAAAGCUAGAGAGCAACAACUUCAAAUGCAGCAAUUGCAACUUAUGCAGCAACGCAGUGCACAGUUACAGAGAAGAGAUCCUAAUCAUCCUGUCCUUGGUGGUUCCAUAAAUGCCAUGAAUUCUGAAGGAAUGUUGGGUCAGCCACCAGCAAGUGUGUUGGCAAUGAAAAUGUAUGAAGAACGAAUGAAACACCCUCAUUCAAUGGAUUCAGAGGCAUCUCCUACUCUUAUUGAUCCCAAUAGGAUGGCCUUACUCAAAUCAGCAGCUAGUCAUCAAGGUCAAUUGGUUCAUGGAAAUUCAGGGAAUAUGUCCACUGCAUUACAGCAAAUUCCAGGGCGGACUCCUUUAACCACUGACAUCAAAGGAGAAGUUAAUUUAGGUGCCACUCCAAAGAGUUUGCCUAUGGAUACAUCAGUUUAUCGACAAGCAAUUUUACAAACAAAAUCUGGGCUAGGCAGUCCAGGAAUAAAUCAAGGAGUUACAAGUCUUCCAUUGAAGGGUUGGCCUCUAGCAUCUGGAAUUGAUCAACUAAAACCUAAUUUCGGUGUACAAGCUUCUAAGCCCAAUUUGACAACCCAGAACCAAUUUGUUUUGGCAUCACAACAGCAACAAGCCUUGGCACAGGCUCAGGCACAAAAUAACCUUGGGAAUUCUAAUUAUGGUGACAUGGAUCCUCGUAGACUUUCUGGUCUUCCUCGAGGUAGCUUAAGUGCAAAGGAUGGUCAGUCUACCAGAAAUGAAGGAUCUAUUUGCUCUCAAAUGCAGUCAGAUUCACCUAAGAUGAAGAUGGCUCAGUCACAACAAUCAUUAUCUCAUUCUCAACAGCAGGAGCAAUUACAGCAGCAGAGUAACAGAAAAAGAAAAUCUGGAGCUGCCAAUAGCACUGGUACUGGUAACACUGCUGCUCCGUCCCCUACUUCAUCACCAUCAACACAUACACCUGGUGAUGGAUUAAAUACAGCAAGCAGCUUACAGCAUGUUAACAGUGUCCAAAAGAGCAUGAUGAUGUAUGGUACAGAGACAACAGGAGGCCUUGCAUCAUCGUCGAAUUUGCUGGACGACAUGGAUCGAUUUGGAGAUGUUGAUGCUUUAGAUGAUAAUGUCGAAUCCUUUCUAUCAAAUGAUGGCGUAGAUGGUGGAAAUCUCUAUGGAACAGUGAAACAAAGUCCGGCUGAGCAACUGAAAGAAUCUUCAAAAGGUACCUUUGGUGAAGUUGGUUGCAUAAGAACAAGGAGCAGCAAAGUUACUUGUUGUCACUUUUCUUCAGAUGGAAAGUGGUUAGCCAGUGCUGGAGAUGACAUGAAGGUUGACAUCUGGAACAUGGACACUUUACAAAUAGAGAGCACUCCUGCAGAACACAAAUCAGUUAUUACAGAUGUCCGUUUUAGACCUAAUUCAUCUCAGUUGGCGACUGCUUCACGUGAUAAGUCUGUGCGGUUAUGGGACACAACCAAUCCAAGCCGUUGUGUGCAAGAAUAUAGUGGGCAUUCAUCAGCUAUAAUGUCUCUUGAUUUCCAUCCUAAGAAGACUGAAGUUUUCUGCUUCUGUGAUGGUGAAAAUGAAAUUCGGUAUUGGAAUAUUAAUUCAGCCACCUGCACCCGUGUAACUAAGGGAGCUAGUGCACAAGUGAGGUUUCAGCCUAGACUAGGGCGUUUCCUGGCAGCAGCUUCUGAUAAAGGAGUGUCAAUUUUUGAUGUUGAAUCUGACACACAAAUUUACACCCUCCAGGGACAUCCUGAACCGGUGAGCUAUAUUUGCUGGGAUGGGAAUGGUGAUGCCUUGGCAUCUGUGAGUCCUAAUUUGGUGAAGGUUUGGAGUUUGACCUCAGGAGGAGAAUGCAUUCAUGAGUUCAGCUCCACUGGGAGCCAAUUGCAUUCCUGUGUUUUUCAUCCAAGUUAUUCAACUUUGUUGGUGAUUGGAGGAAGUUCGGUAAGCUUUUGUUCAUUAACUGUUGUAAUGAAUGCAUGGAUUCAAAAACCUUACUUCUGGACUGCAUGCAUCAGACCCAUGGAAAAAACUGCACCCAUUUCAUUUCCUUAGAGUUAUGGAACAUGACCGAUAACAAAAGCUUGACAGUUCCUGCACAUGAAAAUGUAAUUUCUGCUUUGGCUCAGUCAUCUGUCACUGGAAUGGUUGCCUCUGCAAGUUAUGACAACUAUGUAAAGCUGUGGAAAUAAAAUUCCUGAUUUAGGUUCUAACAUCACAUAUAUUCGUUGUCAGUAGUACUUUAUCUAAAAGAGUUCAGAGAGAGGUCUUGAAAGCAAAAAGGGGGUCUCCAAACUUGGUUUUAUUUUUUAUUUUAUAUUUCAUUGUGGAAAUGAGGUUUGAAUCCUAUCCAAACCCCUCAUCAUUAGCUUAAUCUUAGUUGGUUUCUCCCACCGUUGAUGUUGCAAUAAGGUAUACUAGACUUCUAGUACAUAAAUAUAAAUACAAUUUUGCUUUUAGAAUCCUAGGCACUGUCAACUUAGACAUUGCACCAAUCUGCAAUGCAAUUUUUAUUUAUAUGGUUAAUAUAUUUUAUUUGGAUUGUUAAAAC